AUCAUGUAGCCUUUUUCAGAUGUGUCCAUGUAAACAGAAUGAUUAGGGGAAUUGUUCUUCUUAGCAAAGCGAUAACUACUAUAUGAAUCUAACUAUCCACAAUAAUCGCAUUAUUGUGGGCAUGUAACCGUACUCAAUGAGAGAGUUUAUUUUCCUGUGCCAGGUAGCCUACUCUCCCUCACAGACUCCACCCCGUUGUUAUUUCAGCAUAUACUGUAUAGUUCAUUACCGAGGGAGCAGUCGUAAGAAAAGUAUCUCACACAGGAACGAGCAACUCAACACCGAAUACCGACUUUACCGAUGACCAAAUUAAUUAUUUCCAGAUCAGAAAUUGUUUAGAAGAGAAACACACAUUGCGCUCUCGGUUGGAAUCCUUGGAACUUUUAAAUUGCCUUCUGAGUUUCGACAAUGAGUUUCGGGGCUCAAGAUCAUGUCUUUCUGUCUGCUUUGCAGCCCAAUACCGCCGUCAGUACUUACGCGGUCCCGUCCGAGAUCCAGCUCGAGGGGAAAGGGGGCAACCUGUCGGAUGAGAUGACCCGGGCCAAGCGGGUCCAGCAGCAGGUUGCUAUGCGGCUCGCCGAGAAAACCUCGACGCUUUCACGACAGAACGGCUCAGCCACACACUAUACCUCCUCAGAACACAGCGGUUCUUCAACAAUGAAGUACCAGACCUUCAACCCAGGGUUCAGCUCUAAAUCCUACGUCUACACAGCCUCCAGACCUGUCAUGGCACCCAGGAUGUCUCACUACUCUGGUGGUUUCUCCUCCCGCUCGGCGAUGGACCUGAGUGGUGGUCAGAGGCUCAGCAUGGGGGGUGGAGGAGGAGGAGGAGGAGGAGGGUACCAGUACCACGAUAACAUGAGCCUGAGCGGGGGCUACCAGGGGGGAGGGGGCUACCAGGCUGGCGGAGGGGCCAUGAGACAACAGAUGUCCACCGUGAACCGGGCGAUGGGCCGUGCUUCCGGCCCAGAUCUAGAGACCAUGUCCCUGCGUUCCGUUAGGCUCCAGAACAUGCCCGCUCAGCCAUCCCCAGUGGCAGCCUGGGUAGAUGCGGAUGGCAGCGAUGGGGUCAGCCUCGUCUCGGACCACGAUGCCACAUUCAACCGCCAGCAGUCUGUCUACAGCACCGUCAAUGGAGGAGCCUACAGCUCUGGGACCCAGAUGAGACAGGCAGGAGGAGGAGGGUCCAUGACCUACCAAGCCCCCAUGAGGAUGGGGGGAGAGGGGAUGAUGUCGGUCCAGCAGCAGCAUUCCUUUAAAGGGCCAGCGUUUCGCACCAUCAGCAGGAUCAACAACAGGAACAAUAGGAUGUCCAUGGGCUCCAUGUCCGGGGCGUCUACCCUCCCCCCUGGGGGGAGCAGCUACGGCGGUGGAGGAGGAUUCAUGAUGGGCCAGAUGGCGUCUGGGUCUCAGGGGAAUCUGAUGAUGCAGCAACAGAGGCAGACCACUCUGCCCAGGACCAUGUCUAUCAAGAGCAUGCACAGUGUUGGGAAGGGUAUGGACAUCUACGACGGACAGAUGGACAUGACAGGCAGCAUGGGCAACCUCAGCAGGAUCAAUAACCUGGACAUGGCUACGGCGGUGAGGUACCUGGCAGAGGGGGAUGCUGAGCUGCAGGUUCUGGGAGCAGCGUUUAUCCAACAUGAGUGUUACAGUGACACUGAGGCCAAGAAAGAGGUGCACCGCUAUAAGGGCAUCCCAGAGCUGGUGAGGCUGUUCAACAGUGAGAACCAGGAGGUGGCUCGCUACGCCACGGGCGCCACGAGGAACCUCAUCUACGAGAACAUGGACAACAAGGUGGCCCUUAUCGAGGAGGGAGGGAUCCCACAACUCAUAGAGGCUCUGAAGGUGAAUGACGACGAACUACGCAAGAACAUCACAGGUAUUCUGUGGAACCUGUCAUCCAAAGACAACCUGAAGGAGAAACUAGCCAAGGAGACGCUAGCUGAGCUCACAGAGAGGAUUCUGAUCCCGCUCGCAGGCAGUGGAGACACUGAGGUCAUCCAGCAGAGCCCCUCCGAGGUUGACAUCUUCUACAACACCACCGGAUGUCUUAGGAACCUGAGCUCAGUGAAUGAGAAGACCAGACGUCAGAUGCGCGAGACCAACGGUCUGGUGGAUGCCCUGGUAGGAUACAUCCAGGCCUCGCUACAGGAAGGCAAGGUGGAGGAAAAGGGAGUGGAGAACGCAGUGUGUGUUAUGAGGAACCUCUCCUAUCAGCUGUACAGUGAGAUCCCGCCCUCGGCCAUGCUACGUCUGGAAGGACCAACCAGAGGCCAGGACACCAGUAGGAGUGAAGCCAUUGGUUGCUUCACGCCUCAGAGCAAGAAAGUAAAAAAUAAGAUGAACCAGGACCUGGUUACAUUCACGGAGGUGGCCCGUGUGCCCAAGGGUCUGGAGUGGCUGUGGCACCCCCAGGUGGUGGGGCUGUAUAACCGCGUGCUGCAGGGCUGUGAGUUCAACUUCACCACCCGCGAGGCUGCAGCCGGGGCCCUGCAGAACAUCACAGCUGGAGACAAGAGAUGGGCGGGGGUGCUGAGUCGUGUGGCUCUCGAGCAAGAGAGGAUGCUUCCUGUGAUGUUGGACAAACUGAGGACCAAUAAUGACCUGGAGCUGAGAUCCCUCACCGGCUUCCUCAGAAACCUGUCACGCCAUGCCAAGGACAAGAACGCCAUGGCAACCAAGACAGUGAACAACCUGGUGGACAAGCUGCCUGCUGACGGUCAACAGAAGGAGCCGUCCAGCGACGUGGUGGUCAACAUCUGUGGAGCGUUGAACAACCUGGUGACCUGCAGCUCCGUCGCAGCCCGGGACAUCACUUUCUUUGACGGGCUGCAAAAACUGGUGGCCAUCAAGAACUCCAACGACAGCAGUCCUGGGAAGCUGAAAGCAGCCAAAGCAGCGGCCACAGUCCUCUGCAACAUGUUCCAAUACAAGAAGCUGCACAAGGACUACAAACAGAAAGGGUUCACACGACCAGACUUUGCAGACAUGACAAUCUAAAAAAAAGGAACAGAUACAAUGUCUCUCUCUCUCCUUCUGCCAAGCGGCUGGAAACGUAUCGGAUCACUUCAGUGGUCAAAGACUGGUCUGUACAACUGAAAACAUUGCUCCUUGGGCUACUUCCUACUUACGCACACAUGGAGUUGGAUGAACUAUACUACAGUGCAAGUGACGACAAAGAUGGAACAUGUUUAGGGACGACCUUAACGGUGGACUAUGAUGAUAACGUACCCCCUUUUCCUUGUGAGCUUGAGUACCGUAUGUAUUCAAUGCUAUAUGUUGAAUUUAAUAUAUGUAUUCAAUGCUAUAUGUUGAAUUUAAUAUAUGUAUUCAAUGCUAUAUGUUGAAUUUAAUAUAUGUAUUCAAUGCUAUAUGUUGAAUUUAAUAUAUGUAUUCAAUGCUAUAUGUUGAAUUUAAUAUAUGUAUUCAAUGCUAUAUGUUGAAUUUAAUAUAUGUAUUCAAUGCUAUAUGUUGAAUUUAAUAUAUGUAUUCAAUGCUAUAUGUUGAGUUUAAUGGAUGUAUUCAAUGCUAUAUGUUGAGUUUAAUAUAUGUAUUCAAUGCUAUAUGUUGAAUUUAAUAUAUAUUCAAUGCUAUAUGUUGAAUUUAAUAUAUGUAUUCAAUGCUAUAUGUUGAAUUUAAUAUAUGUAUUCAAUGCUAUAUGUUUAAUUUAAUAUAUGUAUUCAAUGCUAUAUGUUGAAUUUAAUAUAUGUAUUCAAUGCUAUAUGUUGAAUUUAAUAUAUGUAUUCAAUGCUAUAUGUUGAAUUUAAUAUAUGUAUUCAAUGCUAUAUGUUGAGUUUAAUGGAUGUAUUCAAUGCUAUAUGUUGAGUUUAAUAUAUGUAUUCAAUGCUAUAUGUUGAAUUUAAUAUAUAUUCAAUGCUAUAUGUUGAAUUUAAUAUAUAUUCAAUGCUAUAUGUUGAAUUUAAUAUAUAUUCAAUGCUAUAUGUUGAAUUUAAUGGAUGUAUUCAAUGCUGUAGCUUUGAAUGCUGUAUGUUCUAUAUGAUGGAAUCAGGGACUUUUUUUCUCAAUGUAACCAAUCAGUCUGCUGUAACCAAUAAUGCUAUGACUCGUUUCUCCUGCCUUAGAGCAAGCGUGGUUUGACACAGUCCCAAAGACUUCAGGCCCCCAUUUUGUUAACCCUGGUCCCAGAUCAGUUUGUGCUGUAUAGCCUACACUUAUGGCCAUUGUCACAAAACAACACAAAACUGCUAGUAAAGGGAUGGUUUGCGAUCAAUGGUGCUUUUACUUUUGCUGGAGGGUUGAAUUAUUGAUGUUGUUCAUUGUGUUUUGUAUUAGUUUGGUGUUGUAACUUUUUCUCAGACAAAACUAGAGUAUCGCUGAGUUAUAAUGAGUUAUAAACCAGAGUAUCACUGAGUUAUAAUGAGUUAUAAACCAGAGUAUCACUGAGUUAUAAUGAGUUAUAAACCAGAGUAUCACUGAGUUAUAAUGAGUUAUGAACCAGAGUAUCGCUGAGUUAUAAUGAGUUAUAAACCAGAGUAUCACUGAGUUAUGAUGAGUUAUAAACCAGAGUAUCGCUGAGUUAUAAUGAGUUAUAAACCAGAGUAUCACUGAGUUAUAAUGAGUUAUAAACCAGAGUAUCGCUGAGUUAUAAUGAGUUAUAAACCAGAGUAUCGCUGAGUUAUAAUGAGUUAUAAACCAGAGUAUCGCUGAGUUAUAAUGAGUUAUAAACCAGAGUAUCACUGAGUUAUAAUGAGUUAUAAACCAGAGUAUCACUGAGUUAUGAUGAGUUAUAAACCAGAGUAUCACUGAGUUAUAAUGAGUUAUAAACCAGAGUAUCGCUGAGUUAUAAUGAGUUAUAAACCAGAGUAUCGCUGAGUUAUAAUGAGUUAUAAACCAGAGUAUCACUGAGUUAUGAUGAGUUAUAAACCAGAGUAUCACUGAGUUAUAAUGAGUUAUAAACCAGAGUAUCACUGAGUUAUAAUGAGUUAUAAACCAGAGUAUCGCUGAGUUAUAAUGAGUUAUAAACCAGAGUAUCACUGAGUUAUGAGUUAUAAACCAGAGUAUCACUGAGUUAUAAUGAGUUAUAAACCAGAGUAUCGCUGAGUUAUAAUGAGUUAUAAACCAGAGUAUCACUGAGUUAUGAUGAGUUAUAAACCAGAGUAUCGCUGAGUUAUAAACCAGAGUAUCACUGAGUUAUGAUGAGUUAUAAAUUAGAACUGAAUGUAUGUUUUUAUGGAUGUGUGGAAAAACUGAACUACUGACACCUGCAUGAAUGACCUACAAUUAUGACUCAGAAAGGGAAUCAUGCAAUUGCUUUUAAAGCUUUACACAGUGGCUUAAACUUUUUUUUUUUGUUUUACAUCAAAGAGAAGACAAAGAACCGCUUUGUGUCCGUCUUUAGACUGACACCAUUCUUAUUUCCAUUUACGGUAUGAAAAAAUAAUCAACUAUUUUUACAAUGUACUUUUUAACUGUUAACUGCAGGUCGAAUAAAUCUGCCUCAUUUGUACCUAAUGAAUCUGCGUCGUUUGUACCUAAUAAAUCUGCGUCGUUUGUACCUAAUAAAUCUGCGUCGUUUGUACCUAAUAAAUCUGCGUCAAUUGUG